GUUGAAAGCUUGACGGAUGAGGGCUCGUGCUUGGACGGUUCGCGGGAAAACGUCCCAAAACAAAUCGGUUUCUGGUGGACACGCAACCAACUUCGGACACCGUUUUGAACUAAUCGAUGCGUCAAACUAAUCGAUCUGACUAAUAGGAGCGUCGUCUUCAAAACGCGGUACUAUAGCAACCAAAUAGCUACUUUAGGUAGCUCUAAGCUAACACAACAGUGCUAAUCUGUUAGCACGGCUGUGCACGAGAGGUGACGGUUAAGGACUCGGUAACCAUCGGAGAGAAAUGGCGGAAAGACCCGAAGACCUGAACCUGCCUAACGCGGUGAUCACGCGCAUCAUCAAGGAGGCGCUCCCAGAUGGGGUGAACGUGUCUAAAGAAGCCAGGAGAGCCAUAUCUCAAGCUGCCAGUGUGUUCGUGUUGUAUGCGACGUCCUGUGCCAACAACUUUGCCAUGAAAGCCAAACGUAAAACUCUGAACGCAGGAGACGUGUUGGCUGCGAUGGAGGAGAUGGAGUUCGAGAGAUUCCUAGAGCCGCUCAGAGAAGCUCUGGAAGUGUACAAGAAGGGCCAGAGGGGAAAGAAGGAAGUGUCCGAGCAGAAACGUAAAGACAAAGAGAAGAAGGCCGACUCCGAGAACGAUAAGAGCAGGGAGGAGGAAGAGGAGGAGGAGCAGCGCAUGGAGGAGGAGCCUGAAGCUGAGAAUGAUGCUGAGGAGGAGGAGGAGGAGGAAGAGGAAGAGGAGGAGGACGAGGUGGAGAACUGACGAAGAGCGGGCCAUGAAAUGGGACGCGGUGCGUUUAAGUGCCGCUCGGUCAUCACAGAGCCACCGUGAAUCAAAACAUCCUGGUUCACAGAGCAGCAGGAUGAGCUCAGAGGAGAGAUGGGGUUACAUUAAUAACUUCUUUGUGCAGCUGCUGUCUUCAGCACAAUCAAACUACAUCAUGCACUUCCUGAUCUCUGGUCCAUUUUAUCUUCUUCUUUUGUACAUAUCUGCGUUACCUUUUGAUACAAACACUGUUCCUGACAGUGAAUGACAUACAGUAGCCGGCAGAGAGUUAAAUAACUGAUCACACUUUGGUAAAUACGCUUGUCAAUCAAUUUAAAGGAAGGAGUGAGAACGUAGAGAGUAGUUGGACCAGUGUCCAGUCAGUUGAAAUGUUUUGAUAGUCGCGUUGUUCCACCUUUUAAAAGUAAGAAAUAUAAACGCAAAAGUUCCUAAAACCGGCCCUGUUAACAUGCGUGUUGUGUGAUCCGAUCACGAGCGGACAGCUUGAGGAACGUCGGUUCACAGCUUCAUUCAGAUGCGUCUCCAAUGAUCACACGUCUCUGCUCUGUUCACAUAUCAACAUGAACAUCGUUUCCCUUUUGCAAAGACCAGAUGUGUCGUUUUAAUCUGGAGGGAGGCAGCGAUGCCGCUUCGUCUGCCAGGAAUCAAAACAAUACAGACACAGUGGUAAAAUAUCUCCAUGAGGAACAAAAAGAGGAGCGGAGGCUUUGAGGAUGUAUCUUCUGUCACGUCCUCAGCGUGGACUCAUCGGUGUUUAGGUCAAAUGUGUCCCAACGUCAGGAAGAGGUUUGAAGGAUCAGAUCUCACCGGGUCUCGCUGUCCACUUGUGAUCCAGGACUUCAAUAGAUACCAGACGUAAACAGGGCUACACCGUCUAAUCUAGAUGUUAAGUCGGGGGGGAACUUCUUUGUCGAAGAAUAAUAAAUUAAAACGUGACUUGAAAUUAGUUUCUAGCUUUUGGUGCAAAAUUUAAACACUAGUUCUGAAUUAAGCACGGUGUUUUUGUUUUUUUUGUAUUGUACUGUAAUAAGGUGUUUUCUCCUGUAUACUUAUACGUACUGUUUGA